AGUGGAGAAUAAUGCAGAACAACAGCAGUAAAAUAAAUAUAGUGAAAGAAAUAAAAGGGAAAGAGUUAAAAAUAAGAACAUAAAUAGUUAAAGGGAUGAAAACAAAGGUAGAGAGAAGUAAAGGUAAAAUAAGUUGUCAUAUAGAGACAAACAUUAAAACCCACAGAGACUUCAGACUCCUGGUGAGCGUGUUAUUGGACUGAAGGAGGAAGAUGGAGUAGAGAGAUUAUACACAUGCACUGGGAGAACAUUCAAACACUACAGGAACAGGUCUACAGAGAGCUCAGUGUCUCAUGAGGACUCUGCGGAGGGGAGGAAUGAACAAAUGAUGAUGGUCCUAAAAUUGAUCCUUGAGGAACUCCACAGGUAAACACAUCAUGGUCAGAGAAAAGGUCUUUAAUGAUUAUGAGAAGACUUCAUCCACAAAGAUGAGAUGAUGAGUGAGUGUUUCACUCCAGUCUGUUAUCAAGCUAACCAGCUGUAGUCUGCUCAUCUUUAAAAGAGGAGCUUUAAAUGAACUCUUAUUUGAUGUAGUCAGAUAAACAGACAGGAUGGAAUUUAGACUUUCAUGAGGAUAUUUAAUUUCUCCUUUAAACUGCACCGUGUCUGAAUCCUCAAAGUGUAAAGAUAGAUGUAUCUUAUUCUGUCUCAUCCUUCAAACACACAGUGGAUGUGUGGGAACUGAGCCUGGAGCUCAGCAGAGAGAGGCGCUGUGAGAUAUGAUGAGGGGGAUCUGGAUCUGGAUCUGGAUCAUGGCUUCAGGAAGUUAUUGGAAACGAUGAAAUGACAUCAUCAGUGUUUCAGGCUUUGUUUGGAGCGGCUCCUCCUGACCACGCCUUCCUGCCUGCUCCCUCAUAAAGCAGCCGGCCUGUGUGUGUGCACCAGUUGAACUCCAGCCUCAUUGUGGACAGCAGGUGCACUGCAGCCUCUCUGCACCUCUCUGCACCUCGCUGCUGCUGCUGCUGGAGAAUGCACCGCUCGUCGCUUUACGCAGGGCUUCCUCUUCUGCACUUUUUUAUAUCCUGAUCCAUUCCACUCACAAAAUGCCUUUUCCGCCGAUCAGCCUCCACCAGCGGAUCUCCUCUCCCGGCAGGGAUCUCUUUGGGAAGAAGAAAGCCAGCGCAGUGCCUCCUCAGACUGAGCUCACCAGCAAACCCGGCAGGGAGAAAGCAGUGUCUGAAAAGGAGAAGCAGACCCUUUCCUGGACCUCUGCGAAUUUAAGGACUUUGGGGCGAAAAGCCCCCCAGCAGGAAAAGAGCAAAUGUGCAUCUCAGAAAACCGGAUCAGGCCAGGAGAUCCAGGGAAAAUGCUCCUGGUUGUCUGUGCCCAAACCUCAGGACUCAUCGGAGGGGGUCAGGCGCUCCAGCUCCAUGGACUCCUCCAGACACAUCCACGGCAAAGAGGACGGCAAGAAGGAGAUCCAAUUCACCCUCAGCCUCACUCCUGAAGCCAUCCUUGUCAUCCAGAAGAGGAACUUAGAGAAACAGAUGAUGGCAAAGCAGCAGAAAUGCUGCGCCUCCACUGACUUCAGACACCGGCGAGUUUUCCCCACCAAGAAGGCGCACGGAGGAUCCAAGGGGUCCGUCCCUGCAGGCAGAGUGGAACACACCGAGCAGGACAUCACUGCCAUCGUGAAGAUCUCUCUCCUCAAUGAUCAGUACAAAUAUGAUGAUGUGGAGUAUGAGGAGGAGGACGGGGACGUGGACGAGACGGUCGUGAGGAAAUGUAAAGAGUGGCUGAAAGGAGUGGAGAACGCGGCAGCUUUGGGCAAAGUGGACAAACUUUCUGCACUUCCACACCUGAAGGGCUGCUGACACCUCACGUGCCAUCUCUGUGUGACAGCAGAGAGGAGAGGAUGGAGGAUGGAGGAUGGUGCACAGUGCGCCCUGGUGAUGGCCUGCUGCAGUCAGCUUCAGUUUGAGUCCUGACUGCUGCUCACACACCUCCAGAGAGAUGAGGAGUUAUCACCUGAAGAAGAUGAUCCUUUAAAGAGACAGUGAGUGAAGUCAAAAAGAUGAGUUCAUUUCUUUUGGAAUAAAAAAGACAUUUAUCCUUGAAGUCUAAAUUUGAAGCUGCUUCUCCUCAGUCAGCAGCGCCUCUCUCGGCGCACAGAGACUCUGCUCCUCCAGUUGAAUGCCUCUCCUUUUUAUUGAUGAACUUUGAACUGAACACCUUUAGUAUCUGGUCCUUUGCACAUGGUUUUGUUUUCAGUGUGGCGCCGGUGGACUGGCGGAGAGGUGUGCGUAAAGGGACGUGAACCCGCUCCUUUGUGCUGGAGAACAAUAAGCUGUCAACAUCAUGGCUCUCUCUCUCUCUCUGCGCGCUCCUGCUGCUGAAACCAAACUGACUGAGUCUCCUCUGAUCAGAGGCUCUUAUCCUUUGUAGGGAUGUGAUCAGUCAUGUACAGUAUUUAAUAUUUACUAAAUAUUUGUACUGUCUAAUGUUUCCUCAGCUGAUGAUUUUAUGCCAUUUGAAGUAAACAUGUUUUUCUAAAUUUUC